AGGCGGGAAGAGGGGGCGGCCGCGAGCGGGGCUCCAUUGUGCUCGGCGGGGGCCGGGAAGCCGAGGGAGGUGGGCUUGGGCCCCCUGCGCUGCUCCCCGGCGGCCGCUGCGCCCCCAGCUAGCCGCCAGCCUGGAAAUGGCUCCGCUGAUGCUCCUCGAGAGAACGAAUCGAUCCUUCCCAGCCUUCUCUGCCUGCUCUCCACCUCCUCUCCGCUCCGAGUCUUAGGAGGACGAACGUUCAAAGGACAGAUUCCAAUGUGGUGUGCCGUGCACAUCGCGAGCGGCCGCGGUUUGCACUUCGAGCAUUUUUUUUUCUAUCUCUGUAUUUUUAAUGUAAGCGAAGGCAGACACUGGCUCUGCUGCCUGUAGGAUUUUUAUUAAAGUGCACGUCGCGUUGGGUUGCACGCUCCACCCCUUGGGACCUGGUGUGGUGAAAUUUGAACCCACCGCCUUAGCCCAGCGAAGGCCGAGUUACCUGGCUCGCCGGAGCGUCUAGGGGACGUGAGCGAAAUGACCAGCGAACUCGUUUUUUAGAAGACUCGGUGAAGCUGGGUUUUGCGUUUUCCUACAUGUACACUGGUUUUGUGGAAUAGUUGAGUGCUGUAUUCUCCGCGCAACCUUUUCAAAUUCCAAAUAAGCAAAUGUUUGAACGCUUUGGUAUCAGCGCGAGUGAAAUCUUUUUGCCGACAAGAACUAACUGAAUUGUCAGCAUCGUUGAAUUACCUCCGGAAAAGAUCUCGGGGGUGGAAAAGCAGCUGCAAAAUAACAGACGAAGAAAAUUCCUUGGAAGUUAUUUCUGUAGCACAAGAGCAGAAACUUCAGAGCAAGUUUUCAUUGGGCAAAAUGGGGGAACAACCUAUCUUCAGCACUCGAGCUCAUGUCUUCCAGAUUGACCCAAACACAAAGAAGAACUGGGUACCCACCAGCAAGCAUGCAGUUACUGUAUCUUAUUUUUAUGACAGCACAAGAAAUGUGUAUAGGAUAAUCAGUUUAGAUGGCUCAAAGGCAAUAAUAAAUAGCACCAUCACUCCAAAUAUGACAUUUACUAAAACAUCUCAAAAGUUUGGCCAGUGGGCUGAUAGCCGGGCAAACACUGUUUAUGGAUUGGGAUUCUCUUCCGAGCAUCAUCUUUCCAAAUUUGCAGAAAAGUUUCAGGAAUUUAAAGAAGCUGCUCGUCUUGCAAAAGAGAAGUCACAGGAGAAGAUGGAGCUGACCAGUACACCUUCACAGGAAUCAGCAGGCGGAGAUCUUCAGUCUCCUUUAACACCAGAAAGCAUCAAUGGGACAGAUGAUGAAAGAGCCCCUGAUGUGACACAGAACUCAGAGCCAAGGGCUGAACCAGCUCAGAAUGCAUUGCCAUUUGCACAUAGUUCAGCAAUCAGCAAGCAUUGGGAGGCUGAGCUAGCUACCCUCAAAGGAAACAAUGCCAAGCUCACUGCAGCCCUGCUGGAAUCCACUGCCAACGUGAAACAAUGGAAGCAACAAUUGGCUGCCUAUCAGGAGGAGGCAGAGCGGCUACACAAGCGGGUCACUGAGCUUGAGUGUGUUAGCAGUCAAGCAAAUGCUGUGCACACCCACAAGGCAGAACUAAACCAGACAGUCCAAGAGCUGGAAGAGACCCUGAAAGAGAAGGAGGAGGAAAUAGAAAGGUUAAAACAAGAAAUCGAUAAUGCCAGAGAACUUCAAGAGCAGAGGGACUCUCUGACUCAGAAACUGCAGGAAGUUGAGAUUCGAAAUAAGGACCUGGAGGGGCAGCUGUCUGACGUAGAGCAGCGCCUGGAGAAGAGUCAGAGCGAGCAGGAGGCCUUCCGAAGGGACCUGAAGACGCUCUUAGAAAUCCUGGAUGGGAAAAUAUUUGAACUAACAGAGUUGAGAGAUAAUUUGGCCAAACUACUAGAAUGCAGCUAAGGAGAGUGAAAUUUCAGUGCCAACUGAUGAAAAGAUACUGUCUGUCUUCGUAGGACUGUUUGGGUUCUGCACCAAGAUUGCACAAAACUUUUUGCAUAUCAUCCCUCCAGGAGGAGGGUGUUUUGAAAAUUGGAAUUGUAUAUUUCAGUAUAAAUUUUAGAAUUUAGCUUGUAGCUAGUUGGGGAGAAAAAGACAUGAAAAACUUGAACUACAAAUUACCUCCAUGUAUAUUGGCCAUAGUUAACUAGAAAGUUAUAAGUAGACACUUAAUGCAAUCUUUUAU